UUAACCGUGCCUCUUUUUCUGUCCCCAGGUUUUGCAGAAACUGGGCAAGACCGUAGAAACCAAAGAUGAGCAGUUUGAACAGAGCGCUUACAAUUUCCAGCAGCAACAGAUUGAAGGCCACAAACUCUACAAGGAUCUCAGAGCCUUUCUCAGUGCUGUGAAAGUGAUGCACGAAAGCUCCAAGAAAGUGGCAGAAACUCUGCACGAAAUCUACAGCAUGGAAUGGGACGGACACGCGGACCUGAAGGCCAUUGCGGAGAGCAACGACCUCCUCUGGGAAGACUACGAGGAAAAACUAGCUGACCAGGCGGUGAGAACCAUGGAGAACUACAUAACUCAGUUCGGGGAAAUCAAGGAGCGAAUCGCUAAGCGGGGGCGGAAGCUGGUGGAUUACGACAGUGCCCGGCACCACCUGGAGGCUCUGCAGAAUGCCAAGAAGAAAGAUGAAGCCAAAAUUGCCAAGGCCGAAGAGGAGUUCUACAAAGCUCAAGCUGUCUUUGAGGAUCUUAACAAAGAACUUCGAGAGGAGCUCCCGGAACUUUAUAACAGCCGAAUUGCUUGCUACGUGACAAUCUUCCAGAACAUUUCCAAUUUAAGAGACAUCUUUUACAAGGAGAUGAGUAAGCUGAACCACGACUUGUAUGAGGUGAUGAGCAAGCUGGAAAAGCAGCAUUCCAACAAAGUCUUCAUCAUUAAAGGGGUGUCCAGCAACAGGCGCUCGCUGGUCAUCUCCGCCCCGGUGCGCAGUCCUCCGCCUGUGCUUUUCACCUCACCGGCUAUGGCAAGUCGUGCUUCUGGGCUUACACGUGAUGGGACAGAGGAGCCGGGGGGGGAAGCAGAGAGGCUGCGUCGGGGGGUUGAAGACGUGCCGGCUGCCGCAGCAGCGGAAAUUCUGGCCGCAGCUCUCGCAGAAGCAGCGGCCAAGGCCAAAACCUCUCCCGUGCCCUCUGAGGGGGCAUCCGUGCAGGCCCCCGGUCCUGACAGCCUUGAGACCGAGGCUCACAGUCAGCAGGGAGAAAACAGAUGCUCUCUGCCCCGAGCAGGCAAUGAAAUGCCAUCUCUGCAAGCAUCUGACAUGAGAGAGGAGACUGAGCCAUUGGAAGAGGCCCGACCCCCAGCUCCGCAGGAGGACUCAAGUCAGCCAGACAACGGGAUGCCCCUCGGGGAGGUUUUAGUUUGCCCUGAAAAUGCCACGGACCCUCCUGGCGAAAAGUCUCCCUCUCCCACCUCAGUUGAAGUCCACCCAGACCCAGCCCACGCCUCUGGCUCCGGUCCGCCAGAUGCCACUGGCCAGAAUCGGCCACCGCCCAAGCCUGAGCGGACCCUUAGCCAGUCGAGCAGGGAGGCUGAAGAGGACGGUGGCAGCGAGGGGAGCAUGGAAGAACUAGACUUUUCCCCAAAGAGGACGGAAACGCAGAUUAUGUUUGGCUUUACCCCAGAGGAUGAAACGGGCAGCAGCAGCCCUGGACUGCCUCUCGGCUUCCUCUUCAAGGCUCAAGCAAUCGGGGCUCACGCGUCGGACGACGAAACUCAGCUGCAGUUCAAGGAAGGGGAGGUCAUUCUGGUGGUGUCUGAAUCGCAGGCCCAGGCAGAAGGAUUUCUGACAGGCUUCAAAGAGAGCGACUGGAAGGUGAACCAGGAUUUCGUACAGAAAGGAGUUUUCCCCCAAGAUCUCAUCAGACCUAUCUCCUCCGAAUGAGUCGGGCGCAUCCGACAGCAGGAACGUUACCGUUGUGACCCAGGAAAGCUUUGCGGCGUAGGUCGGAUGCAGAAUGUCAAACGGCCCAGAAGACAGGAGAGCAAACCUGUCUCUCCAACCAAAAUGAUUGUGGCUUGGAAUUCAUGGCACGGUACCCGGCUGGCAGGCAUAGGAAUACGCUCCGGUUUGAUUGCACUGCACCUGCUGCGUGCCCCUUACAAAAAGCACAGGAAUCGGACAUGCCCAGGCACCCUGCCCCCCUGCCGCAAACUGUUGUGGCAAAGUGUUUGGCAAAACAGUGACACCUUGGUAGACGACACUGCAGCACAAUUUGGGGGAGGGUGUUGACUUUAUGCUUCACCAGGGGGUGAAAGUCACUUAAAAUCUCUUAUAGGUACGGUCCUAUUGCAACCCAGGUCCCUGCCAGCUCUUUCAAUUUUUUUUUUCCCGCAACUCAGCCAGCUCUUGCUAGAGCUGCGCGCUACCCCGCACCCGCUUCCUUUCACCUCUGGGCUUCACCAUCCUUGCAUCUGGAGAGCCCUGUGCGGAUACAAAAUGUGUAUCCGCAUCUGUAUCAACAAAAAUGUGCUGCAGACCGUGUUCCCUGUAAGCUGAGGGCUUGGCUGGCCAUCCAAGAAAGAGUCAAAUGCCUCUUAGCCGGGCACCCACAUUUUGGCAGCAUGUGUUUAGCCUGGUGGUGCACAGGCCUCGGUGCACGGAACAAAAUUUAUUUUGCACAUGGACGGAAAAAAUUAGAGAGAGACCAUUGGCCGGGGAGAUCUGCAUCCCCGUCGGUAGAUGCGGAUCCCUGCAGAUAUAAAGCGGAUCUCGGCAGAUUUGUUGGGGUCUCGAUACAAAAUGUGCAUCGGCAGCUGUAUCUGCAAAAAAGAGCUGUGGAUGUAAAGCAGCUCUCUGUGGAUCUUCAGGGCACUCUCCGUCUACGCUCCACACGGCACCUGAAUACUCCCUGUAGAAAUAUGGCACUAGAUGCUCACAGCCUGACCUUUAAGCAUGUUUUCUAUGUGAUGCUGAAUCAGGGCUUAAUCCCUUUUAGCCGGGGUUUUCAAACACCGGGGUGCAACCCAGGACUGGGCCAUGGAGUGUCGGGCCCUGGGUCUUGGUGCUGCAGGGGGGCCAGGUGAGCAGUGCGGGGGGAUAAGGCAGCUUCUCUGCCUGUCCUGCACCCCAGACUGCGCUGCGCCCCAGAAGUGGCCGCAGCAGGCCCAGCUCCUAG